AGCGUAAUUAGUGUGUCUUUAAUCCCUAAUGAAUAAUAAACGCUAUCGUAACAACUUUUUGUGAGGUAGAAUUUUCCAUUGUCACAGUCUGAUCAUUGAAUUUACAUAAAAAAUAACAAAUAACACCCAUACGCCCGAAUGACUGUAAACACUGAUUUUUCCCCCAAAUAUGUACACAUUUUUUUUCUCUGGUUCUCAUUUUGGCAUUUUAAAGUAUAGAACUAGAGUAUUAUUUUUUAAUCCAAUUUUUUCUCCGUUCAUUCCCUAAUAUGUAAGGAUUUUCGGUAGCUAGAGCAAGUAGACAUUUCUUUUCACAAAGAACCAUCCCAAUGCAAAAAAAUUAUCCUGUUUUCGUUGCUAAUCAGACAUUUGAUUCAUUGGGACACACAGUUGUAGAGUUUGGAAAUUGUUGAGUUCUUGUCGGAGAACUAGUUGACUAACACAAUAGAGAUGGCUAAUAAAACUUAGUAUACUGCGUAACUUGACACCCAAUCAUGAGCAAGUAGCUAAAGUUACAACAAUGUGAAGACUGUAAUAUUGCGUUUCCAAGUUCAGUCUUUGAUGUUUUAAAAUACCCCAUGAAUCUCCUUGAAAUUCCCAGGCACAACUGCUGACCAACAAAGAAGAAAGUUACACUGUUUUGUAGCAGCACAGUCGUGGAGGACACGAUACAAGGAGUCAUAUUGGGUUUGACAGAAUAGGUAGACGCAGGCAGAGCGGAGGAAGCGGGGGUGGAGGACCUAGGGGUGGCAUGACGCGACCUCCUAACAAUGAUAACCUCCUGACCUUCAAACUAGUUGUUGUAGGGGAUGGAGGUGUCGGAAAAAGUGCUCUCACUAUACAAUUCUUUCAAAAAUUAUUCGUUACUGACUACGAUCCAACGAUAGAAGAUAGUUACAUUCAACAUACAGAGGUAGACAAACAAUGGUGCAUACUUGAUGUGCUGGAUACAGCUGGACAGGAAGAAUUCAGUGCAAUGCGCGAACAGUACAUGCGAAAAGGGGAUGGAUUUCUAUUAGUUUACUCGGUUACGGAUAAACAGUCAUAUGAAAAUGUUGUCAACUUUUACACUCAAAUCCUCAGAGUAAAGGAUCGCGAUGUUUAUCCGAUGCUCUUGGUUGCUAACAAAGUUGAUCUAGUACAUCUUAGAAAAGUUACCGAAGAACAGGGCAGAGAACUAGCACACAGAUUGGGGAUUCCUUACAUUGAAACUUCCGCUAAGGAUCCACCGCUCAAUGUAGAUGCAGCAUUCCAUGAGGUAGUACGUAUAAUCAGAAACCAGCCGCCGGCCGAACUGGAGAAAAAUCGUCGGAAACGAAGACGUUCAGGAAAGUGUAAUCUUUUAUAAACACUACCAGCCGAAUAGAAUCGUAAGAACAAGAAAUUCGCCGCAUCUACUGACCACAGAUCUCCGUAAGCAAGUAUCCAUAAAUUGCAACCAAAAUUCAGCGUCCUUUGACUUGACGGUUCGAUUUGACAAUAGACAAAGCUUCGUCCGUAAGUAACCAGUCCUUCGAAAAGUUUCUUCAGUUAUGGAAUAUUUAUGUCUUAUCUUUUUACUACAGAGAUAACUAUAGAGACAAUAGUACGAAGAUCAUUGAGUUUCACCGUUUUGUUUUCUGUGGCAAAGUUUAAUUUAUUGUACUGCUUAAAAUAAUAUCCAAACCCCCCAUUGCCAAAUGGCCAAAAAAUAUAUUCAAAAAUCAUCUAUUUAUUGGCUUUUUGAAUAAUUAGAAGGAAUAAACCUUUUAAUGGGUUGGCUAUUUAUUCCUUUUAAUUAUUUUUGUUCGGUUUUUUCCUCGAGCUAUGAAGAUAUUUGAAACAACGUUAUACAAAUCAAUUUUCUACCAACGGAAAUUGGUAAGGAAGAAAGGUAAGAAAAAAACAAACGGAAUUGAUCGUUUUUCAUUCUGUAAACUCGUAAUUUUUCUGGGAAAUGUUAUUGCGAUUCCCAACACUGUAAUCUGCGUCAUCAAAUGACUAUAAUGGUUACAUCAUUUGAUUCUUUCUUCAUUCGCGCUAUAUGAUGUGCAAUUCAGAGAAAAUUAGUGAUGAUUUUUGUGAUUAUUUCGUGCAAAACAGACGCGCAUGGUUAAAAACUUAUGCCUCGCGAUUCUUCAUUAUACCAAUAUACGUAAUGUUUUUACGCUUUCUUCAUGUUUUCUAAGACUUAUUUAUCACGCGUAAUUCUAAUUUAAUUGUUCUAUCUAUUUGUCUUUAUUUUAUUAUGAAACUGUCGGAUUUUCAGCUUCGAUAAGUAAAUUAGAAGCCUUUAGGUUUUGCACCUCAAUUAUACUUUCAUUGUCAUUAUUAUUAUUACUCUGAAUAGAGAAUAGAAUGUAUUUAAGAUAAGGCAAUACUGUCUUUCGUAUUCGCAUUUUGGGCAUGAAAAACUGUAAGGGUCUGA